UCUUAGCUACAAAAGAGACAAAUACAAAUUUCAAAAACAAGCAAAAAAUAAGUGUUAAAAAAACAAUAAAAAUUUAAAAUUGCACGUCAUGGCUGCCAAAGCUAUGGAGGAUAUGAGCACUACCAACACGGAGAACGAGGAUCCGGUUGAGCAGCAGGAAGAAAGCGAACGUGAUCCCGACAAGUUCACAGUGCGUUUGAAUGGCCAAAAGGAUUUGGAGCAGCGUCUGCGUGAGUUUAAAGCCGCCUGCGAUGCGCACGAGAAGCAUGCGCGUAAACGACGUCGUCGUCGCUACUACCACAUGGGCUUGGUAGCCAAAGUCGUGAUGGAGACGACGCACGACGAACUGCGUCGCAUGCUCGAGCACGGCACCUUGACCUUCCACGUGGACAUGGUGGCCUUCAAGCCCGACGAACUGGCCACCAUCAUGGAAACUCUGAACAUUGCCAUCUCUGCGCAUGCCGACGAACGUGAGUUGCGCACAGCCACCGGAUUGGCUGCUGAGAUCAAUGGCGACUGUUGCCGCGUUGGACGACUGCGCAACAACUGCACAACAAUGUUGGCACGCGGUGCUGUGCUUACUUUAACGACGGAUGUAGCUUAUCGCUAUGCUGGCUUCAGGGAGAUUGUGUAUGUGAUCAAUCUGCAUGCGUAUCUCAGCUCAAUACGUUUGAAUGAUGUGCUGCUUAUCGGACGCGAGGUGCGUUGUCGUGUGGUCAAAACAUUGCACGAAGCACUGGCUGUUCUGAUCAUCGAUGCUGGGCUGUUGUCUUCUUAUGACUUUAUUGAACUGCCGCGACAAUGCAAUGCGCUGGCACCCGAAAUGUAUGCGGAGCUCUUCACCAGCGAUCUGGAACGUGCUGCGAGUCUUAAUGCUCACUAUGUGGUCAUGCCAAAGAUACGAUGUAAAUCCUUUUUGCGAUCGCUGUCGAUGGCGAUUAAAGCGAAUUACGAGUUCAAGUUGAUUGGUUGCAUUGACUUUGAGUAUGUGCGCAAUAAUAUGCUUGAUCUACUUGGCAUUAUUAAGCUGUUGGAUUACAUUUGGAUACCAGACAUGUUUUCAGUCAAUUGCUGUGUCUACAACUAUAUUAUGGAGGACGCUUUGCCCAUUGCUCAUUGCCAAAAGAAGCCGGUGAUUGGCACUGUGCCGCUGGAGCGUUGCAACGACUUCAAACGAUUCGAGCUGCACGAGUUUCUCUGGAAGAUUGAUGCUAUUCACAUGCAGAAGAGUCCGUGGUGCAACAAAUAUCCGCUGAUUGUCAAGAAACUGAUGCCCAUUCGAGACUAUCGCGUUGGUGUCGUCCAAAACCAGCAGCAGGUCAAGAGUAUUCUCACAUCGUAUCAGACAAUCAUCAACUUUAUCAUACGCACCAUAUCGACCAUCGAAUGUCAGGCGAUCUUUGUAUUUACCAAGUGUGAGAAUGCUAGUGUGGCAUUGGCACGUUCCGAGAUAUAUUGUCCCGUCUAUAUGAUGAUGCCGUUGCUCGAAGAUGACGAUGAAGCGACAGUCCGAUGCAAGUUUGAUUUGGCACGCGCUUUGCAUCUGCGCCGUAAUAUGCAUCCUGUGAUCUAUACGCCCGAUCUCAAUGAGUGCGGUUACAGCCCGAUUGAGUUUGGUGUGGAUUAUAUGCGGCGCAAAGGCUGCUUGGAAGUGGGUGACUUUGUGGUCACACUCGAAGUGGGCAAGGAGGAAGAUGAGAAUGUUGUGCUGGGCAUUGGUGAAGAUGUUUGCAUACUGCGUGCUUUCUACGUGGCGCCUGUGUUCAACUGCGAGAAGUUCAAGUAUGGCACCUGAAUUUCCAAUUCGAACAUGACGUGCAGUUGUACAGACAAUACUCAUAAAAACAAACCAAAUUAAAUGUAUGUAAGG